AUGUCCGAGUUGUACAGUAAUAAAAAGAUUCUGGCCCCGAUGGUGCGGGCUGGAAGGACACCACUACGAUUGUUAUGUCUGAAAUAUGGUGCAGACUUGUGUUAUACAGAAGAAAUUGUAGAUAAGAAACUGAUUGAAUCGACCAGAGUGAUAAAUGAUGCUCUGGGAACAAUUGACUAUCGAAAUGGCGAUGAUAUCAUCUUGCGAUUGGCUCCAGAAGAAAAAGGGCGGUGUAUUCUUCAAAUUGGAACAAAUUCUGGAGAAAAAGCUGCGAAAAUCGCUGAAAUCGUUGGUGAUGAUGUUGCUGGAAUCGACGUAAACAUGGGUUGCCCAAAACCUUUUUCAAUUCACUGUGGAAUGGGUGCCGCAUUGUUAACCCAAACGGAAAAGAUUAUUGAUAUUCUGAAAUCUCUGAAAGCUGCUGCAAAAGUACCAGUGACCUGCAAGAUUCGUGUGCUAGAUAAUCCUGAAGAUACACUCAAACUAGUCAGAGAAAUUGAGAUAUGCGGAGUUUCAGCGUUAGGAGUACAUGGAAGACGACGAGAUGAACGACAACCAGAUCAAUGUAGAAUUGAAGAGAUUCGUGAGGUUUCCCGCACUAUUACGACUAUUCCAAUUAUUGCAAAUGGUUUCUCCGGUGAAAUCGAGCAGUUCUCAGAUAUUGAGAAAUGGAGAUCCGCAACUGAAACUAGCAGUAUAAUGAUUGCUCGAAAAGCUCUCUCCACUCCUUCCAUAUUCCGUGAAGAUGGUGUUCUAGAUAAAUUUGAAGACAUCGAGAACUUUCUGGAAUUAGCAUGCCAAUAUGAUGAAUCUUAUACAAUGACAAAGUACGUAGUCCAACGAAUUCUUGGAAGCGACCAGGAGCAUGAUCCACGUGGGAAGGCUACGGUAGCCGCUGGAAGUGUGUUACAGAUUUGUAAAGCAUUUGGAAAAGAAGAGGUUUUUAAUAAAUGGAAUGAGGAUCGCAAAAAGAAGCAGAGUAAAAAGAGAGCACGAGUUGAUGACGAUGGUGUCUAUAAUAUUGAAGUGUCUUUCCCACUAAAACGUCUCAAAAAUUCGGUCGGAUUCUCACCAACUCCCAAGAUGGUCCUCCACGAUUACUGCGUAGAAACGAAAACACCAAAAGCCACGUAUGAAGUUACCAAAAGAGACGACAAGAGAUUUAUAGCAACAGCUACCAUUGGUGAAAAGAAGUUCCGUUCAGGAAUUGGUCAACCAAACGUUCGGAUGGCUGAGCAAGUGGCUGCACUAGCAGCUCUUCAUGGAAUGAAUAUUAGAAAUCGUCUGGAAGGAAACUGGGAAGAAGAUUAA